AUGAACAAUUUGGUUGUUUUCAGGAGCCUCGAACAACGAAAAAGGCAUUCGGAUGAAAAUUUCUACCUGGAUAGACCUGGCCAAUUGGAAUGCAUGCCGGCCAGGAAACAAACACCUGAUUCCGAGAAAAGUGAAGCCCAGUUAUUGGGGAACUUAUGUCCAAAAAGAAACAUCUCUCGAAAGACGUGCCGAUGGAUCGUUCCGCAUUCGAAAUGGAGAAUGGAGAAUCGAAUCUUCGCCGAGGAAUUUUCGGGUGCAUGCCGGCCAGGAAACAAACACCUGAUUCCCAGAAAAGUGAAGGCCAGUUAUUGGUCAGUGUGUGCUUCAUCGGUCAGUGUGUGCUUCAUCCAGAAUUUAGGAAUCGUUCAAACCGAACCGACUCCAGCGAGACUGGCCGAUGGAUCGUUCCGGAACCCAUGCCGCCCAAACCAAUACAAAUAUGAUGAAAAAGUGCCGAUGGAUCGUUCCGCAUUCGAAAUGGAUAAGGGAAAAUGUAAUCUUCUCGGAGGAGAUUUGGGACCCUUCAACCCGUACCAUCUCUCGAGAGACUGGCCGAUGGAUCGUUCCGUAUCCCAUACCGCCCGAGUCAAUACGAAAAUGAUGAAAGUGUGGGUUAGGUUCACUGGAGGACAGCGAAAGAGAAGAAUAGAACAUCCUUUUUUGCUGAUGAUGAUUUCUGGAGGGAGGGUGGGAAACCCCAACACGCUCGAAACAUGUGGAACCACCCAUUUUCAUGGAUCAAAACUAAUUUCACUCAAAAAGGCUGGACAUGUCCGAGUCCUUGAUAUGUCUAGAAAGAGCUAUACGUGGCAAAGGACAAAUCACAAAACUCUCCAAUUUCGCUACAACCAUCAUAUCUUCACGAUUUUAAAGGUUAUUCGGUCCUGA